AUGCGGUCACUAAGCUACUCUCCUUCUAAUGAAGAGAAGGAUAUCACAGUCAAACAAGAAGUAGAGAGUGGGGCCGUUACUGUGAAAGAAGAGGAGGACGCGUUCAGAGUGAAAGACGAGGAAGGGGAAGUUCGCAAGUUUCUGGAGCUGUGGCUAAACCACACUUUCACACUGACACUGUCCUGCUGCUUGCACCGGCCGCUUACUCGGGGACUCACAGGGAAGAGAACUCACUGCUGCUCUGACUGUGGGAAGAGAUUCACAUCAUCAGGCAUUAAAAUUCAUCAGAGAACACACACAGGAGAGAAACCUUGUAGCUGUGAUCAAUGCGGGAAGAGUUUUACUUCAUCUGGCAGUCUGACUCUACACCAGAGAACACACACAGGAGAGAAAUGUUAUAGCUGUGAUCAAUGCGGGAAGAGUUUUACUUCAUCUGGCAGUCUGACUAUACACCAGAGAACACACACAGGAGAGAAACCUUAUAGCUGUGAUCAAUGUGGGAAGAGAUUUACUUCAUCUGGAGUUCUGACAGUGCACAAGAGAAUACACACAGGAGAGAAACCUUAUAGCUGUGAUCAAUGUGGGAAGAGAUUUACUAAAUCUGGAGAUCUGACAGUGCACAAGAGAAUACACACAGGAGAGAAACCUUAUAGCUGUGAUCAAUGUGGGAAGAGAUUUACUUCAUUUGGCAAUCUGACUCAACACCAGAGAACACACACAGGAGAGAAACCUUAUAGCUGUGAUCAAUGUGGGAAGAGAUUUACUUCAUUUGGCAGCCUGACUCUACACCAGAGAACACACACAGGAGAGAAACCUUAUAGCUGUGAUCAAUGUGGGAAGAUAUUUGCUACAUCUGGCAAUCUGACUCAACACCAGAGAACACACACAGGAGAGAAACCUUAUAGCUGUGAUCAAUGUGGGAAGAGCUUUGUUCAAACUUGCCAUCUGACUCAACACCAGAGAACACACACAGGAGAGAAAUCUUAUAGCUGUGAUCAAUGUGGGAAGAGCUUUGUUCAAACUUGCCAUCUGACUCAACACCAGAGAACACACACAGGAGAGAAAUCUUAUAGCUGUGAUCAGUGUGGGAAGAGAUUUACUCAUUCACACAGCCUGAUAGACCACCCCGAGAAUACACACAGGAGAGAAACCUUAUAGCUGUGGUCAAUGUGGGAAGAGUUUUCGUCAAUCUGGCGAUCUGACUCAACACCAGAGAAUACACAGGAUUGAAAUCUCAUUGCUGUGACCAGAGAUAAUCUGAUAAAAGAUCUGAUCAAAUAUUAGAAAAAACAUACAUGUGUGCCCACUUAUGAAUUGAUAUCAACAUGUAAUGGAUAUUAGCCUCAGGGGAAAAAUUCAGGCUCUGAAAUGGAAGAGUACUAUUUAUGUGAUUUAACAAAAAUUGACAAACAAAUCAAAUUAAUUUAUAAAGCCCUUCUGAUAUCAGCUGAUAUCUCAAAGUGCUGUACAGAAACCCAGCCUAAAACCCCAAACAGCAAGCAAU